GUAAUAUGUAAUAGAACUAUUCAAAUAGAAAUUUACCCUUGCCAUCAUAUUAUACCAUUCAAAUCAAGUAGGACCUAGAAUAGAGCAAAUCGGAGGGCAAGGAUCCAUGUAACGAACCCCAUUUAACUGAGUUUCUAUUUAUUUUCUAUUUUCUAUUUUUCUUUCUUUUCACUUUUAUUUUUCCUACUUUGUCCUUGCUCGGAUCCAUGCAUCUAACCCCAUUAAGUUGGGAAGGCUACGUUUGUUGUUGCUGUUGUUGUUUGAUGUAUUUAUAAUUUUGAUGAAAUUGACUAAGCUUUAACCGUUCUACUACUUCUUGUAGACUGAUUUCAAUUUAACACUUACCAAAAAGGAAAGGAGGGGGAGGAGGAGACUGAAAUUUUAAUUGAUAAUACUAUAUCUUCCUUGCAGAUGAAACCUACUUUUCUCCCCAACAGAGUGACAAAUAAAACUUCGUUAGCAACUGAGCCUCUGAUAGUUAUUUUUAAGCCCAAUAAAUGUCCCCAAGGAACAGGGCCACCAUAUAUGGGCCAAACAGAGAGACAUAUAGAUGGGUUAACCCUCACUGACUAAUUCACAAUUAGGCUUCCAUUGUGCUGUACUGGGCCAGCAUAUAUGGGCUUCCCCUAUCUUUACUAGUUGUCCAAUCUUUAGGAUGGUCUGAAUGGUGCCAUUAAAGUGUUGUAACGGCAGUUUCACUACUUCCUACUUUGAAGGUCUCAGUCUAGCGUUAUGAUCUUGCAUGAAUAGGCCUUCUGUCUUAAAGUUAAUUGGCUAUUGGACUUGCUUUGCUAACAAGAAAAGUCAGUUCAUGGGUUUAACCUCAUUAAUAACAAUUCUUUUUUUAUUUUUUAUUUGGGUAAAUCUCAUUAAUUACAAUCCAUUAUUGCUUGGGUAUAUAAGCAGGCUACUAUGUGUUGAAUUGAGCAUGUAAACAAGCUUUUUUCCCAAUUGACCAUGGCUGCUUUGGGGUUGGUUACUGGUAUCUCGAUGGCAAAGGGUUUGAUGGGUAUCAUCACAUUGUUUUUGGUUGUUAUGUAUCUUAUGAAUUUGACAAGCCAUGGAGUGGAAGCAAAGAAAGUGGUGGAGCAAAUUGAAGAGGAUUUGGAGUUGGAAAGGGAACUCAAGAUUCUGAAUGUGCCUCCUCUCAAGACCAUUAGAACAAAAGAGGGUGAUGACCUUGAUUGUAUUGAUUUCUACAAGCAACCUUCUUUGAGUCAUCCAUUACUUAGAGAUCACAAAAUCCAGAUGAAACCUACUUUUUUCCCUAAAAGAGACACAAAUAAGACUUCAUCAGCAACUGAACCUAUGCAAAUUAUUUUUAAGCACAAGAAAUGUCCCAAAGGAACAAUUCCCAUUCGAAGGACUUCAAAAGAAGAUCUUUUACGAGCUAGAGCUUUUUCAAUAGAAUUCAUUACUAAUGUCAGGCGAAUCAAUAGGCACUUCUCAGGACAAUAUAUUGCAGAUGUCAAUAUGGAACUAACAAAUGGACCAAUUCGUGGAGCUUCUGCAAGCAUCAAUGUAUACAAUCCAACUGUAUCGGAUUCGCAGUUUACAACUGGUCAAAUUUGGAUUAAUGGUGGUCCAAAUGAAACCCCUAAUUAUAUAAUGGUUGGAUGGACGGUUAAUCCAAUACUAUACCGCGAUCAUAAUACUCGAUUUUUUACAUUUUGGAUGGUAUGUUUCAAAUCCAACCUCCUCUCCAAACUCAACACCACACCCCACAUCCCUCCAGUCACUAGUGUAGUCUCUGAUGGUGCCAUGAGCUUCACCCUUCAAGCUGCUGAGGAAAUUGGAGUCCCUGAAGUAUUGCUCUGGACGACCAGUGCCUGCGGCUUUUUGGCCUACUUGCACUAUCCCCAUCUCAUGGAUAGAGGCUUCACACCUCUCAAAGAUGCGAGCUACCUAUUGAAUGGCUACUUGGACACUCCAUUGGAUUGGAUUCCAGGAAUGAAUGGUAUCCGUUUAAAGGAUAUUCCUACUUUUGUUCGAACUACAAAUCCCGAUGACGUCAUGCUCAACUUUGUCAAGGGAGAAGUAGGGAGAGCUUACAAAGCUUCUGCAAUAAUUUUAAAUACCUUUGAAAUCCUUGAGAAGGACGUCGUGGAUGCACUCUCAACGAUGUUGCCUCGCGUUUACACCAUCGGUCCUCUUCCCUUGAUGUUGGAUCAGAUUAAAGAUGAUAGAUUGAGCUCUAUCGGGUCCAAUCUAUGGAAAGAAGAAUCAGAGUGUCUUGAAUGGCUUGAUUCCAAAGAACCCAGUUCUGUGGUUUAUGUGAACUUUGGGAGCAUCACAGUAAUGACGCCUCAGCAACUCGUGGAGUUCGCCUGGGGUCUAUCUAAUAGCAACCACACCUUUUUGUGGAUCAUAAGGCCCGAUCUUGUAGAGGGCGACUCGGCCGUUCUGCCGUCCGAGUUCGUGAGCCAAACCAAAGAGAGAGGAAUGCUAUCAAGUUGGUGCCCACAGGAGAAAGUGCUGAACCAUCCAGCCAUAGGUGGUUUCUUAACACACAGUGGGUGGAACUCUACACUGGAAAGCAUUUGUGGUGGUGUGCCUAUGGUUUGUUGGCCAUUCUUUGCGGACCAGCAAACUAACUGCAGAUACUCCUGUACUCAUUGGGGGAUAGGUACCGAGAUGGACAACAAUGUUAAAAGGGAUGAGGUUGAGAAGCUCGUGAGAGAGUUGAUGGAGGGAGAUAAGGGUAAAGAGAUGAAGACUAAGGCCAUGGUGUGGAAAAAGAAAGCAGAGGAGGCCACCAGUCCCGAUGGCUCUUCUCUCCUCAAUUUUGACAACUUGGUGGACGAGAUACUCCUUUCCAAUCGUCUGCUUCCUUGACAGAUUUGAUGGUACUGUAUUCAACAGAUUGUGAAGUGAGUUUGUCUGCAUUAUCAGUCUUAUAUAUAUAUUCUGCUUUCUCUUUUUAGGAGCAGUUUUAUAGUUCGUCUUCGUUUUCUACUAUUUACAUAAUUAUUAUUGUAUUUUAAUUUUCCAUUAUAUAAAUGGAUAUCAUGUUGGAUU